GCAAUCUCCUCCUCCUCCUCCUUCUUUCCCUGGCACAACGAUCUCUUCUUCUGAUCUUCCUUCACCGCGAUUCUCUUCUUCUAGUCUCCUUCUCCGAUUGUCCCUCUCGAUUGUCCCUUUUCCAAUUCUGCCUUAGUAGAAAAUUUGAAAGUAGAGCACCGAGCAAGCUUCGCCUGAUCUUUCUUAUUCUGAUCCUCUUUGGUUACCCUGUCUGAUUCUCCCCCAAUUGAAACCCUAAUAAGUGAGAAGAGCACUGAUUUUGAGAGAGUAAAUUCAGAGGGAAAAGCUUGAAGGGGAAAGAGCAAUGGUGGUUGCUAGUAGUAAUCCUCACAAUAAAGAGAUUCAAAUCAGGAAAAGAAUUGCAAGCAUAUUCAACAAACGAGAAGAGGAUUUUCCAUGCUUGAGAGAUUACAAUGAUUAUUUGGAAGAAGUGGAGGAUAUGAUAUUUAAAUUGAUUGAUGGAAUAGAUGUCCAAGCUAUUGAAGAAAAAAUUAAGAAAUAUCAGGAAGAAAAUGCUGUGCAGAUUAUGAUGAAUCAAGCUAAGAAGGCUCAAGAUCUUGACAAUGCACUCAAAGCGAGCAAGGCACAUCCUAUACAGACAGAUGCUGAUGGGGUGUCAGGCCAGAACUCUCAAACAGGAUUUUCUGUUCAAGGUCAAUAUGCACCUACUCUUGCUGGAGGGCAGCAACGACAAACGGGCAUGGCUCCCCAACCUUUACCCCUUGCUAGUGGACAUAGCAUGCAAGAUUAUGCUGUUGAGGAUGAGGAAAUGAUGAGGCUCAGAGCAGAGAGAGGUGGAAGGGCAGGUGGGUGGAGUAUAGAGCUAAGUAGGAAGAGGUCACUUGAGGAAGCCUUUGCAAGCAUUUGGGUUUGAUGAUAUCGUCAUGUAAGUCCAGUUGUGACACCAUGUUACAUGAUGUUGUUCCUCCCCGGAUUGAGGCAUCAACCCACGUGAUUUUCUGUCAAAUUCUGACCUAGGAAUGGAGUUAGUCAUAUUAACGGUUGAGAGUGUAAAGAGUGUUUCUGUUGCUCGAAUGAAGCAAUCCUAUAUUUAUGCAUCACUAUUUCAUCCACCCAUACCCAUGGUGGAAAUGUCGUAUUCAUGUUAGAAUGUAACUUUAUCGAAAUUUUGGGAGCCUCAUUACCUGCGGCUUUGACUUUCAAAACUAUCCUAGCAUAUGGGUUGAUUGAAAUUGGCAUGAAAAUUUGUCAUUUUUAUUUCAACCGUUCAUUUAUCAAUA